AAUUAAAAUAAAAUAAAAUAAAAUAAAAUAAAAUAAAAUACAAAAAAAAAAAUAAAUCGCAUCCUUUACUUUCCAUAUCACUAUUUACAAUGUCCUCUCGACCACCAUCUUUAUCACCUACAAAACGAAACAAGUUUGCUUCAAACUAUCUCGAUUGCAUAAAUAAUGAAAACCAGGAAAACACUUUUGAAAAUCACUCCCCCAAAUCAAUAAAUCCAAAAUCAAUAAAUCCAAAUGGCUCACUCUCAAAUUCUCCUUUAAAACAACAAAACAGACCACCUUUGAAAACAAUAUCAAAUUCGGAUAUUUCCUUUUCUAUCAUCAAUUCAAGAAAAAAAGAAAAAAGACAAAGCAUCUUGGAUAACAACAUAGAAGCAUUAACCAAUAUGUUAUUCUCGGAUGAUUCUAAAACACCCAAUACUUCUAGCAUCAACAUCUUAUCUGAUUCAAAUCCUUCAAAAAUCAAUUCAAGCCCUCUGAAAUCGCCCUUAAAGUCGUCUUUAAAAUCGCCAUUAAAGUCAUCCCUAAAACCAUCAUUAAAGUCAUCUUUGAGAAUCCAAAUAAAUCCAACUCAAAGUCCAACUAAAUUCAAUCACCUACAAAAAUCAAACCAGCAAAUCAAAAAAUCAAAACCUACAAAUUCAAAAAAUUCAAAAUUGGCUGCACUAGAUUCUAAUGUCGAAGUUAUUGAUCUUGAUAAUGUUGAUGAAGUGGUUGGUUUAAAAGGAAGAAAAAGAUUACAGAGACAAAACUCAAAGGACUCUAGAUCUUUAUUAUCUACUUCAUGGGUAGAUAACUCUCGUGAAUCCUUACAAGGUUAUGAAUAUCUUUGUAGAAUCGCUGAAGCUAAAAUAUGGAUUGAACAAUGUACUGGUGAAUCUUUGCCUUCAGAAUAUGAGAUUGCAAAGGAUGCCUUAAGAGAUGGUGUAAUAUUAGCUAAACUAACAAAAAUUUUUGCUCCUCAGCUAGUCCCAAAAAUCAUUCCAAAAUCAAAAUUUAAUAGAUUAUUAUAUCGUCACACUGAAAAUAUUAAUUAUUUUUUUGAUUUUUUAUCUGUCAUUAAUAUGCCCGAUUUAUUUAGCUUUGAAUUAACUGAUCUUUAUGAAGCUAAAAAUAUUCCAAAGGUCAUCUUUUGUAUUCAUGCUCUAAGCUUUUUAUUAAAAGAUAAAGCUCCCAAAAUGCAGAAUUUAGUUGGUAAGUUAAAUUUUACUGAUGAAGAAAUUAAAAAUUCUCAAAAAAUCUUGGAUGACUUGAACAUGCCUAAUUUUCAAUCUGUUAAAGAAGGAGGUGACAAAAUUAAUAACCUUAAACUAAAGUCUUCUGAAAGUAUUCAUGAUUUUCAUAAAAUAAAAGAAGAAAACACAUCUCCAGAAAUUUCUGAAACUCUAGAAAUUCCAGAAAUUCUUAAAAUCCCAGAAAUCUCAAAAAUUCCAGAAAUCAUACCAACUGAUAGUAUAAAAGAAAAACAAUCCACUGUUAAAAUUGAACCAGAAAUUGAAAUUGAAAAUGCAUUAAUUAAUGUUAAACUUGAACCCGAGAUUGAAUCAAAAGAAAUAAUUCCUUUUGAAAUUAAAAUACCACACGAAACACCAAAAAAAUUAAUUAAAAAAGAAGACAAAUUUGAUGAAGAGUUUGAAAUCAGGGCUAAUGAAACUUAUAACGAAUAUUACAAUGAAACAACCUACCUUUUACAGUUAAACGAGCCAACAGAAAAUGAACUAGAAUCAUACAUUAGAUCAAUCGUAAAAACUCAGGCUGUUUGUAGAGGUUCAAUUGUUCGCUAUCAAUUAUUUUUGCAAAAAUUAAUGCUUAAUUCUUUUUCAAAAGAAAUUAUUUCGUUACAGUCCGCAAUUAGAAGAAUUAUUUUUAAAAAAUCAAACAAUUACUCUCAAAUUGUAUUAAAAAGUGAUUCAUAUCAAAACAAUAUCACAAUUUUACAAUCUAUAAUCAGAAAGAAUCUUUUGAAAAAAAAAAAUCAUUCCAUUUUUCUUGGAUUGAAUAAAUCUGAGAAAUCAGUCUUGUUAUUGCAAUCAUUGAUUCGUGGUAAUCUGUCUAGAAAAAUAUAUAAUUCAAAAGAAUUUGUAUUGGCAAAUACAACUCAAACUACUAUAUCAAUCCAAUCAUUUGCUAGAUCUUUUCUUAUCAGAAAAUGUAUUAAUACUCAAAAAAGUGCACUUGCAUCUGAGAUUGCAAGUAUAAAUUUUUUAAAUGCCAUCUUUAAGGGAAAAAAAACAAGAGCUGAAAUCAAUAGCAAAUUAUAUGCUUUGAAUAAAGCCUCUAAAGAAAUUAUUUACCUUCAAAGCUGUAUUCGUUCAAAGUCUUCUCAGAAAAGAUACUAUGAAAGCAAGAUUACUUUUGAUUCCGAAUUUUUAACAAAAAUGACAAUUUCUGCUCAAUCAAUUAUAAGAAGAAUAUUGCUACAAGAUCAUUUAAACAUUAAUAAAAGAGAAAUUUUAAAAGAAAAAAAGACAAUUAUUGAACUUCAAUCCAAAAUAAGAGCUAAUAAACUCAGAAAAAAUAUAAGGAAAAUAAAAUUUUCUUUAUUUAAAGCCAUUCCUGAAAUUACUGAGCUUCAAACAAUUGGAAGAGGAGGAUUUGUUCGUAAUAAUUUGGCGUAUUUGCUAGAUCACCUAGAUGCUUCCGAAAACUUGUAUAAUAAUUUUGCAGCAAAUGUUAGAGGUUAUUUAGUGAGAAGAAAUAUAAAAUAUAUCAAAAUUCAAAUGUUUAAAACAAGAAGAUCAACUGUUUUGGUUCAAUCAGCUUUUAGAGGAGUUUUUUCUAGAUUCCAGUUUGAACUAAUAUUUGAUCAAUUAUACGAAAAUGAAAUAGGCAUUGUUGCUGCUCAAGCCAGUAUAAGAGGAUAUCUUGUCAGAAAACGCUAUCGUGAUAUGAUGAAUUACUAUAAUCAACAUAUUAACGAAAUUAUGAAAAUUCAAAGUUAUAUUAAGGGCAGAUGUCAGGGCAACGCUUAUAGGCUGUUAACAUCAAUGAAAAACCCUCCUCUAGCAGUGGUUAGAAAGUUUGCUCAUCUUUUAAACGAUACCAAUAGUGAUUUCGAAGAAGAAGUAAAAUUGGAAAAAUUAAAAGAAGAAAUCAAAAAAAAAUCCCGGGAAAAUGAAAGAAUUGAAAUGAGCAACGAAAAAUUGGAUUCAAAGAUUGCAUUGUUACUCAAAAAUAAAAUAACAUUGGAUGAAAUUUUGCAUCAUGGAAAUAACUUAAAAGGCAAAUCUUUAAACUCUGGUUCAAUUACUUCAAAAACCUUCGGUGGAAGUAUUAGCAGUAGAAAUAGUCUCAGUUUGGAUAAAUCAACUUUAAAAGUAGACGUCAGUUCUUUGAACAAAGCUGCUAAACAAAGAAUUGAAGCUUAUCAAAGUUUAUUUUAUAUACUACAAACACAACCUUGUUAUUUGAGUAGACUUUUUUCAUUUUUUGAAAUUGAACAAAAAUCUAAAAUGAAGACAACUGAAUCUUAUAUUCCAAAAAUCUUCCAGUUUGAUAAAGAAAACAAAACAAAAGAAUUUGAUCAACAAUCGGGUGAUACAAAUGAUAAUUCAAGAGAAGAGUUUUUAUUUGUUAAAUUGAUUUCAGAUCUUAUAGACAGUGAAUUUUCUCAUAUAAAUGACGUUAUUGAAUUUUUUCAAUCUGAAAAUAAAACAUGGCAAAGGCUAUUAAUGAAUUAUAACAAUACAAUUCGUCAAAAAACUUUAUUGAAAACUUUUUUUGGACCUUUAAUUUCAAAAAUAUCCAAGGUCAAUGGUUUAUCUCUUGAAAGUGACCCUUUAAUAAUAUACAGAGAUUGUGUUAGAAAGGAAAAGGAAACUGGAAAUUGUGAUGAUCCACUAAACAUUUCAGUCGAAGAUGCCAUUCAAGAACCAAAGACUCGAAGUCAAUUUGUUAAAAAUUUGAAGAAUUUAAGAGAAAUUACUGGAAACAUUCUUAGUAUUAUUGAUGUCAAUAUUGAUAGAUUUCCAAAACAUAUUAAGGCAUUGUGCUAUAAUACAUAUCAAAUCAUAAGUAAAAGAUUUCCUCUUUUGAAUGAAAAGGACAAAGUAUCAGCAGUUGGCUUUAUAAUGAUAGAUAACUACAUUAACCAAAUUAUUCAAAAUCCCGAAAAAUUCGAAGUUGAACUAGUGACAUUUUCCUCAAAUGAGUUAUUGAAGUUGAAAAAUAAUUUGAAUGAGGUUAUUAGAGUAAUGACUCAGUUGAUUUUCAUGGAGCCAUUUUCGGAUGACGAUGUGUUUUUGCAUCCAUUAAAUGAUUUUAUUAUCAGUUCUUCAGAAAAGGUUUUUAGAAUAUUCAAAAAAAUUAUUAAUAUUGAAGAUGUUGAAACAUUAUAUGGAGUAACCGUCUAUGAUGAUUUUACAUCUCACUUAAGACCAACAUUGGAAAUUGAUGUUGAUGAAGUAAUUUCUAUGCAAACAUUUUUGGAUAUAAAUCUAGAUAUUUUGGCACCUAGCAAAGAUGAUCCUAUAAGAACACAUAUUGAAAAUAUUAGUAAAUUAUCAUUAUCUUCAAAGGAUUUAAAAAAGUUAAUUACAUCUAGAACUUUUAAACUAAAUUUGAACCCCUCAACAAGAAACUGGAGUAACAAUGAAGUUAAAACUAAUACAUUAUUUGUUCAAGUGAAAAGAUGUAUUAUUUAUUUAAUGAUUGUGCAAAACAACGUUUCUGACCUAAUGAACCUACUUUUAUCCAAAAUUGAACCAAAAUACGAAAUAAAAUUCAAGGAAUUGAUCCAAGAAGAAAUAAAAGAUCACGGAAACAGCAAUUCAUAUAGCACAUUGAGCCAAAGUUCAUUAGGGCAAGAUUUGACGACCAUGACAUAUCAUAGUUUAAAAUGCAUGACAUUGGAAAAAGUAUUAGAACUAGAAGAAAUGAAAGAAAUCACUAGAAAAGAUAAGUUUCAAAGAUUGUUAAAUGUCAUUGCAAUUGACAUUAAAACGAAACAUGGACAAAGAUUAAAGAGACAAAAAGAAAUAGUGAUUGCUGAAAGAACCUUGAAAGGAUUAUAUGAAAAAGAAAAAUAUCUAAAAAAUUUAUCUCAAACUUUUGCUGCCUAUAUUGAAAAGGCCAUGUCAACAUUGCAAAAAAAACCAUCAUUUAAUAAAAGAAUUAUACCAUUUACCAAGAAUUUUUUCUUCCAACGAGAAUUGAGAAAACAAGGAAGAAUAACCAAAUUUGGAUCAUAUAAAAUCAGCUCCAAAAGAUUGUUUGAAGAAGGAAUAUUGAAAAGCAUCAAAAACGACAUUAAAUUAACUUUUAUCAUUAGCUGCGAUAAAGUUGGAAUUUUCAACAUUGAAGCAUUAAGCAACCUCUUACCAUUAUCUUCUCCUGUGGCGGAAAUUACAUUAGACGAAUUAUUGCAACAUCAAUAUGAAAACGAGGAAAACAUUUCCAUGUUCGAUGGUGUUGUUUUAUUUGAUACCAACAUGUUUUUAACAUUUAUUUUUAAAAAAUUUUAUGAUAAUAAUCAUAAGCAUAGAACAUUAUUUUUGUAACCUUAUUAUUUUACCUUCGUUUUGAACUUACAGUUCAUGAUUUUUAAUUUUGAUUUCUUAUACUCUUUGUUGUUGAAUUUUCAUACCAUUUAUAGUCGUU